AUGGCCGACAAAGAGAACUCCGCCGCCGCCGUCGCCGCCGCACCGCCGCGCCUCACCCGCGCCGCAGCCAAGCGCGUCGCCGCCGUCACAUUCGUGGCCGUCGCCGCCAAGCGCAAGCGCCUCGCGCUCACCCAGCUGCCCACGCACCCCAACGCCGUGCACGACGACGACGACGGCUACGAUAAGCCCGCCAGGAAGCAGCAGCACCUCCUCCUCCCCGCCGCCGAGCCCAAGCCUAAGGCAGCGCCCGCGCCUGCCGCCGCCUCUGAUGACGAGGAGGGGGAGGAUCCGCAGCUCUGCAAGCCCUACGCGUCCGACAUCUACUCCUACCUCCGCUCCAUGGAGUCGCAGGCCAAGCGCCGCCCCGCCACGGACUACAUCGCGGCGGUGCAGUUCGACGUCUCGCCCAACAUGCGCGCCAUCCUCGUCGACUGGCUCGUCGAGGUCGCCGAGGAGUACAAGCUCGUCUCCGACACGCUCUACCUCACCGUCUCCUACAUCGACCGCUUCCUCUCCGCCAACGCACUGAACAGGCAGAGGCUGCAGCUCCUCGGCGUCUCCGCCAUGCUCGUCGCAUCCAAGUAUGAGGAGAUCAGCCCGCCCAACGUGGAGGAUUUCUGCUACAUCACCGAUAACACCUACACCAAGCAGGAGGUAGUUAAGAUGGAGAGUGAUAUACUGAAUGUCCUCAAGUUUGAGGUGGGCAAUCCUACUCCCAAGACGUUUCUGAGGAUGUUCAUCAGAUCUGCCCAAGAAGACAACAAUAAGUAUCCUAGCCUCCAGCUGGAGUUCCUGGGUGGCUACCUUUGUGAGCUGAGCUUGCUGGACUACAGUUUGCUUCGCUUCUUGCCGUCACUUGUUGCAGCCUCGGUGGUGUUUGUUGCAAGGCUCACCCUUGAUCCACACACCCAUCCCUGGAGCAAGAAGAUGCAGACGCUAACCGGCUACAAGCCAUCUGAGUUGAAGGACUGUGUUGCUGUCAUCCACCGUUUGCAGCUCAACCGGAAAUUUUCAUCCAUGAUGGCGAUCCGGGAAAAAUACAAGCAACACAGGUUCAAGGGUGUAUCAGCUUUGCUACCUCCUGUUGAGAUCCCAGCAUCAUACUUACAAGAAACUGAAGGAGUAGGUGUUCCUGGAUAA